AUGAUUAUGCCCGAUCUUCCGCAUGAUAUACUAGAGGACAUACUCUCCAGGGUUCCAGCCACAUCUCUGAAACCAUUACGAUAUACUUGCAAACUAUGGAACGCUCUAUUCAAAGACCAAGGAUUCACCAACAAGCACUUUCGUGUAGCUCCAAAGCAGUCCCUGGUUCUCAUGUUGAAGGAACGUAGAGUUGUUUCAACAAGCGUCAAUCUCAACAUCGGUGCUCCAUCUGUAGAGUAUAAAGGUGCACUUGUCCUAAAGGAUUCACAUUCUAAUCACAACAAGUCGAUAUAUCUAAUAUUUCUAACUGCGACGAGGCACUAUAGGUUCGCUCUAGGUUACGUAAACGACAAGAAAUCUUGCCGUAGCUACAAAAUCUUGAGGUGGUACAAUGACGACGACAAAGUUGUUGGGCCUGAAAUAUAUGAGUUUGGCUCUGAUUCAUGGAGGAUUGUUGAUCCCGUCGCUUUCGACUGCUUCAUACUUCUCAUACAACAAAAUGACGUGUCUUUGAAGGGAAAUGCUUAUGGAUUGCUUCUGAGAAAUUAG